AUGGAGAACCGAGACUCUGUGGUCUCCUUGCUACUUCUGCUAUUGCUGCUGCUGCUACCACUUCACACCCACCAGGGACACAUUGCUCCUACCCAGAGUGCUCAGAACUCUCCGGCUAGGUACCUCAGCAAUGGCCCAGGACAAGAGCCUGUCGCUGUUAUAACCAUCGAUCGCACCAAAAUCAGCAAACCCUAUUCCUCCUUUGAGUUUCGAACCUUGGAUCCAGAGGGAGUGAUUUUUUAUGGGGACACCAACACCAAAGAUGAUUGGUUCAUGCUGGGACUUCGGGAUGGCCAGCUUGAAACCCAGCUGCACAAUUUCUGGGCUCGGCUUACAGUAGGCUUUGGCCCUCAGCUGAAUGAUGGGAGAUGGCACCAGGUGGAGCUGAAGAUGUACGGGGACUCACUGCAGCUGAGGGUGGAUGGAAAGGAGCUGCUGUGCCUGAGACAGGUCUCUGGAAGCCUGGCUGACAAUUCCCAGCCCAGCAUGAGGAUUGCGCUAGGGGGACUCCUCCUCCCCACCUCCAGUCUUCGGUUCCCGCUGGUUCCUGCCCUGGAUGGCUGUAUUCGACGAGAUAUCUGGCUGGGCCACCAGGCCCCGCUAUCGACCUCUGCCCCUAGUAACCUUGGAAACUGUGAUGUGGACUUGCAACCUGGACUGUUCUUCCCUCCAGGGACCCAUGCAGAAUUCAGUCUCCAAGACAUUCCCCAGCCUCACACAGACCCCUGGAGCUUUUCUCUGGAACUGGGAUUUAAGCUGGUGGAUGGCUCAGGACGCCUCCUUGCUCUUGGGACAAGAACAAAUUCUUCUUGGCUUACCCUUCACCUCCAAGAUCAAAAGGUGGUGCUGUCUUCUGGAGUAGAACCAAAACUAGUUUUACCCUUGGAGAUGGAACUGCCUCUUCAGCUGAAGCUGGAUAUAUUCAAAGUGAUCUUGAGCCAAGGAUCAAAGAUGGAGGUCCUUGCUGUGUCUGUUUCGAGACUUGUUGCCCUCCAGAGACUCUGGUCUUGCCCUCAGGGCCUUCUUUCCCUUGGGGCUUUAGCAGGAGACGACUCUUCUGCUUCCUUUUGCCUGAGUGAUCUUUGGGUACAAGGACAGAGACUGGACAUAGACCAGGCCCUGAACAGAAGCCAGAACAUCUGGACUCACAGCUGCCCUCAGAGCCCAAACAAUGUCUCUCACACUUCCUACUAAACCCCCUUUGAGAAGAAGGCGUGGUGGUACAUGCCUGUAAAUCCAGGACUGGUAGAGUUGGGAGAAUCAGGACCUCAGUGUCAUCCUUGGCUACAUAACAUG